AUGGGCGGAGUCUGUUGCCGGCCGCAGCCGAUUGAUUUUGAUGGCGAGGUCAACCUCUUCCACUUUGUUCUCUUACGAUGCGUAGGAAAGGGCGCCUUUGGCAAGGUUCGAGUCGUCCAGCACAAACAGACAAGGGAUCUUUACGCCCUCAAGUACAUAAACAAGUCGAAAUGCGUGAAGAUGAAGGCAGUUCCUAAUGUCAUCCAGGAGAGGCGGCUCCUCGAGGAGGUCGAUCACCCAUUCAUCGUCAACCUCCGCUACGCUUUUCAAGACGAUGAGAACUGCUUCUUCGUGCUCGAUCUCAUGCUCGGUGGUGAUUUGCGAUUUCACCUAGAGCGGCUUGGAUCACUGGAGGAAGAUGUUGUGAGAUUUUAUGUUGCCCAGCUCUCGUCCGCUAUCGCGUUUCUCCACGACAUUGGCAUAAUGCAUCGGGACAUAAAACCUGAUAAUAUUCUAUUGGACGAAAAAGGGAAUGCUCAUCUGACAGAUUUUAACAUUGCUGUUCACUUCAGCGAGCGGCGGCUGAACGGCAUUGCAGGCUCCAUGGCGUACAUGGCUCCAGAAAUUCUCGCUAAGAGGGGCUAUACCUGCCAUGUCGACUGGUGGUCCUUGGGUGUCUGUGCAUACGAGCUUCUCUUCGGACGCCGACCUUUCCGAGGACGGACAAACAGCGACUUCACAUACAGUAUAACGAAGGAUCCUCUAAAGUGGCCUGAGGAUGCAGAGAAGAAGUGCAGUAGACCCGGCAUGCUUGUCCUCAAAGGGCUUCUGGAUCGAGAUACCUCUAGACGAUUCGGAUGUAAGCCAGACGGAGAGGGCUAUCAGGAACUUCGCCGACAUUCUUGGUUCAAAUCUAUUGACUGGGAUACAUUGGAAACAAAAGAGCAGAUACCUCCAUUUGUCCCUGAUGCGAAGAAAGCCAAUUUUGAUGCAUCUCACGAAUUAGAAGAGCUUUUGUUGGAAGACAAUCCGCUCAAGGCAAAAGCCCGUAAAGCCAAUCAAGAUAACCUUAGCAUUGAAAUGAGACAGAUGGAAGACAAGUUCACAUCAUAUGACUUCAAGAAAAUGCAGCGACGUUCGUAUUACCCACAUAAUCAACACCUAAUAUCCAUGGCUACCGCAACGUCGUCUGGAAUGGCAUCAUCACGACCUACCACACCUGCGAAUGAACUUCGUGUGGACAGUGGGAUCACGAUUAACAACAAUUCCAUGGAUAUCCCCACACCCGAUACUGACGGAAUACCCCAGGACAAAGAACUGCUGUCAGAGAAGGAUUACCGGUAA